AGGUCAUAAUAUCUUCUUUCCUAUAACUCGUAGUAAGAGCUUGCAGCAGGUCAUCUUGCAUCAUCAAUCUCACAAGCCAUUCUCCAAGUACAGUCUUGUACUACUGUGCUGAACGGUCAAGGCAAGAGCCUGUGAGAAAUUUUUCUGGAAGAAAGAUGGUGAAGCAAAAGAUUGUGCUCAAGUUGCCCUUGGACGAUGAGAGGAAGAGGAGGAAGGCCUUCAAGGCUGCUGUUGGCAUGAACGGUGUGACAUCCGCAACGAUGGAGGGCGACAAGAUCAUCGUGGUCGGCUCCGGCGUCGACCCAAUCGCACUGACGACCAUGCUCCGGCGUGGCCUGGGCCACGCCGAGCUGCUCAGCGUCACGUCCGGCGACGACAAGAAGAAGGGCGACUUCUACGGUGGCGGCAUGAGCUAUGGUGGUGGCAGCGGCAUGGGCCAUGGUGGCGGCAAGGAGGGCAACGAGAGCGGCGGCGGCAAGGACAAGGGCUACGGCCAGCACCAAGCAGUGGCGCCGGUCUCGUACCCCGCCUACCAGCAGUACAACGCCGUGCCGUCGUACCCCGUCUACCCCUACCCGCCUUACCCGCCGCAAGAACAGGAUCCUGGAUGCAGCAUCAUGUAAUCUGAAUGUCCGAAAGAAACCGUGCAAGUUGAUCUGUGCAGAAUCUGGAGAUUAACCUGGGUUCAGGCCGAGAUUAUGCAUGGCUUGAACAGUACAAGCCUAGAUGAUCCAAGAGAUGCUGGCUGUGAGCAUCAUCAACGGUGUCAGUGUGAAUUAAUAUGUACAGGGUUGAUCAGCAAAGGUGGCCAUGCAGGAUUCAUACUAGAGUUCUUGUGAGGGGAGAGGAGGACCGGAAGAAGGAUUAAAAGGCGGAGCUGCUGCAGAAGCACAGCUGUAUGUAGAUGAUGAUCCUAGUGCAAGCUGCAGCAGCAGAGUUUUCUUUUGAUUAAUUUUCUCUUUUGUGGGUAAAAUAAAGUAGUAAUGUUUUAUUUAAAGGAAAAAAAAGGGAAAGUAGAAAGCAUUUGUACGAUA